GGCACCUGUGCCCAGAUGCACCUGCGCCUCUGCCUGCGCGCCGCUGCCGCGCAAAACCCCACAGAACCCGAGGCCAGGAGCGCACUUCCACCUUACCCGCUGCCAGGCACCAGCCAGGGCUCCCGGGGUAGUCACUGCCUUGCAGUGCCCGCACCGUGAUGGGUUGGACCCUUCCAGAUGUUUCCUUGGUGACCCCCUACUCACCCGAGCCUGGCGUCCCCAAGCUCCUCCCAGAGUCAGAUUCCCAGGAAUGACCUUGAGUCACGGCCCCUGCCCGUGGCCUAAGAAAGAGGAAGCCACAGAGCAGCUCCUCCCCACACACAGCCCUGGCUGCCUCCUGGGCCAUCAGAUUACUCCCCUCUUGCCCCUGGGCCUCAGUUUCCCUUCUAGAGCAAUGGCAGGGCGAGGCUCCGGGGUCUCCUGGCUGGCCUUUGAUGGCUGGGAGUCUAAGGACCUCCGUCGGGUGAGCCCUCGAUUCCUCCGAGCCUGGCACCCCACACCUGCUGCAGCUAGGAUGCCAACUCGGCGCUGGGCCCCCGGGACUCAAUGUAUGACCAAGUGUGAGAACUCCCGCCCCAAGCCGGGUGAGCUGGCCUUCCGCAAGGGCGACAUGGUGACCAUCUUGGAGGCCUGUGAGGACAAAAGCUGGUACCGUGCCAGGCACCACAGCAGUGGGCAGGAAGGGCUGCUGGCUGCUGCUGCCCUGCGGCAGCGAGAGGCCCUCUCCACAGACCCCAAGCUCAGCCUCAUGCCAUGGUUUCACGGCAAGAUCUCCGGACAGGAAGCUGUGCAGCAGUUGCAGCCACCUGAAGAUGGUCUGUUUCUUGUGCGGGAGUCGGCACGGCACCCCGGAGACUAUGUCCUGUGUGUCAGUUUUGGCCGUGAUGUCAUCCACUACCGCGUUCUGCAUCGGGACGGGCACCUCACCAUCGACGAGGCCGUGUGCUUCUGUAAUCUGAUGGACAUGGUGGAGCAUUACACCAAGGACAAGGGGGCCAUCUGCACCAAGUUGGUGAAGCCAAAGAGGAAACAGGGUGCGAAGUCGGCAGAGGAGGAGCUUGCAAAGGCUGGCUGGCUACUUGACCUGCAGCACCUGACGCUGGGAGCACAGAUCGGAGAGGGGGAGUUUGGAGCUGUCCUGCAGGGGGAGUACCUGGGCCAGAAGGUGGCCGUCAAGAAUAUCAAGUGUGACGUCACAGCCCAGGCCUUCCUGGAUGAGACGGCUGUGAUGACGAAGCUGCAACACAGGAACCUAGUACGACUCCUAGGCGUGAUCCUGCAUCAUGGCUUGUACAUUGUAAUGGAGCACGUGAGCAAGGGCAACCUGGUGAACUUCCUGCGCACUCGGGGCCGCGCGCUCGUGAGUACCUCUCAGCUCCUGCAGUUCUCUCUGCACGUUGCCGAGGGAAUGGAAUAUCUGGAAAGCAAGAAGCUGGUGCACCGGGACCUGGCCGCUCGCAACAUCCUCGUCUCUGAGGACCUGGUAGCCAAGGUCAGUGACUUUGGCCUCGCCAAGGCUGAGCGGAAAGGGCUGGACUCAAGCCGGCUGCCAGUCAAGUGGACGGCACCUGAGGCUCUGAAGAACGCGCGGUUCUCCAGCAAGUCGGAUGUGUGGAGUUUCGGGGUGCUGCUGUGGGAAGUCUUCUCAUAUGGAAGAGCCCCGUACCCGAAGAUGUCGCUAAAGGAGGUUUCAGAGGCCGUGGAGCAGGGCUACCGCAUGGGGCCCCCAGAUGGCUGCCCAGGUGCGGUGCACACUCUCAUGGGCAGCUGCUGGGAGGCAGAGCCUGCACGUCGACCUCCCUUCCGCAAGAUAGCUGAGAAGCUCAGCCGAGAGCUCCGCAGUGUGGGUGUUCCGGCUCCCAUCGGGGGACAAGAGGCUGAGGGCUCGGCUCCCCCACGGAGCCAUGAAACCUGACCCCUGAAGUGGGGGGCAAGAGGACAUGAACAGGGGUGCAGAGUCGCAGGGACAGGAUGGGCCAGUGCACAGGUUCCGCUGCCCCUCAAAUCCCCAGACCUAGUAUACCCCAUAAAGAGCAAUUGGAAGGACUCUA